UUCAGUGAUUCGUUGUAUGAAAAGUGCAAACCAAUAAAACUGGGAUUCUAAGCAGAAUAAGGAUGGUGAAAUAUUACUUUGUACUCCUGUGUACUAUUUUAUUGGGAAAUACAUCUGGAACUGAAGAAGGAGUUGUCUACUAUACAAAUAGUUGGAUUGUUGAGAUACCAGGAGGUAUUAAAGUGGCAAAAUGUGUUGCUCUUAAAACUGGCUUUAUACUAACCCAACCAGUGUGGUUGUUUGAUGACCAUUAUAUAUUUCUAAGAAGUGGGUUACCUUUAAGACAAAGGUUUAGUAAACCAUAUCUUACAAACCUGUUGAUUAGGAACAAAAAUGUUUUAUUGGCAAAACAACAGUCUGUCAGACACAGGGUGAAAAAAUCCUUUGAUGACCCUAAUUUAAAUAAAAUAGUCCACCCAAUCCCAAAACCUAAUCUGCAUGCGGAAAAUAAAACAGAAAAUACAUCAAAUAAUUAUUUUGACUUCUUAGAAACUAUUGGUUCUUGGUUGGGUUUAUUCGAAGAUAAGGAAAAAAUCAAAGAUAAUGUUGAAAUCAAAAAAGGUUAUGUUUCUGAAUACUUUGACUACUUUGAUGAUCCUCUAUGGAAAAAGCAGUGGUAUGGGCUCCGUUCUCCACUGGACAAGAGUGGUAUAGGUUUGGGAAUGAGUCUGAUGGAGGUUUACAAGAUGAACAUCACAGGUGAAGGAGUCAGGAUAGCUGUAGUGGACGAUGGAGUGGACGUUACGCAUCCCGACUUGCAGCAGAACUAUGACGCAGAGUAUAGUUACGACCUCAACCACAACGGAAGUGAUGUGACCCCUGGGUACAAGUAUGGUAUAAGAUACUACCAUGGUACGAGGUGUGCAGGUAUUCUUUCCAUGGCUGCUAAUAAUAGAGAGUGUGGAGUGGGCGUCGCUUACAACGCUAAACUUGCAGCUAUAAAGAUGCUGGAGCAGCCUGGAGUAGAUGUGGUUGAGGGGCAAGCCUUGAGGUACAAGUGUGAAGGUAUUGAUGUUUUCUCUAACUCCUGGGGGCCUGGGGAUAGUGGCACGAUCAUGGAGAACAUGGGAACCCUGUCCGGGAAAGCUAUACAGAGAUGUCUACAAAUUGGGAGAAAUGGGAAAGGUUCCAUUUACCUGUUCCCAGCAGGCAAUGGCAAGGUGCGGGGAGAUAACUGUGGGGCAGAUGCCUACAGCAACAGUCUCUAUCUGAUGACGAUUGCCAGCGCCACUCGGAGCGGAGGAACCACCCACUAUAGUGAGCGCUGCUCUGCGAUAUUUGCCACUACGUACUCUAGCGGAGGAGAGGACGGAGAGGGAGUGGUUACUACAGAUCCUGACAACACAUGCCACAACAGGUUUGGAAGCACCUCAGCUUCAGUUCCAAUGGCUGCUGGGAUUGUAGCUCUUGCACUCCAGGCCAACCCCAACCUGACCUACAGAGAUGUAAAACACUUGAUAGUGAUGAGUAGUGAAGUAGCUCCCCUGGCUAACAACCAAGGCUCUUGGAGAAGAAAUGCUGCAGGGUUCUGGGUCAGCAUGGACUUCGGCUUCGGCUUGAUGAAUGCCAAGAGAAUGGUUGAUUUGGCAAAAACGUGGACAACAGUGCCGGAGAAUAGAAACUGUAGCGUAUCUCUGUACUUCAGAGAAGCAAUAACAAUAAAUAAAGGACAGUUAUUAGAGGCAAUAUUUGAUACUUCCGCAUGUUCUGGCACUUCCAAAGAAGUUGUCUAUUUGGAGCAACUUCAAGUGGUUCCAUUUAUACAGUAUGGAUGUAGAGGAGCCAUCUCUAUUCAACUCACUUCUCCAACAGGUACCACAUCUACACUUCUGGAGACCCGUAAGAAUGACAUAAGCUUCAAAGGGUUGAUUGGAUGGCCUCUCAAAUCAGUUCACUUUUGGGGUGAACGACCUUCAGGAGUAUGGAUGUUGCGAAUUAAAAUACACCCUCUUCAUAUAUUUCAAGUACCAACGGGAAAAUUCAAAGGGUUUUUACUGAUAUUCAGUGGCACCCAAGAUAAACCUCUUCACUACAACAGUCUGCCGAGGGAGUAUUCACCUUUCAAUGUAAAAUAAUGUGUACUUAACAAUAAGUAGAUUAAGAGAGAUUUUUACUACUCAAAUAUACAAACGUUUUAUUUUGUUUUUAUACAUACUGCCUCUUUGCUAGAGGUAAUCAGCCUCAAUGAAUGAGUUUGGACUCUAGCAACCCCUAUGUAAAAAAAAAAUUGAAAGGUCUUAUUCAUUAGCAAUAUUUACCUAAGAAUUAUCUAAUGAAACUGAGUUAGACGCAAAAUAAAUUUUUGAGCAAUGGCAGUGAUGAUUUCAAUUUCCUACCAAAGGUUUUACUCCUCAAUUAUUUUGGAGACUUAGCCAAAAUUAUUGAUCAUAAUAGAAAAUGUUUUGUCUAUUGAACUAUUAAUUGGAGUGCAUGACUUCUGUUAGAGGCUUAGGUUUGUAUUCCUCUAAUUACUAACGACUUUUAGGUUUAUAAUGUACUCUAACCAGGUGAUUUGGGAUUCACUUUCUUUAAACUUGAGGUCCCCUAUCAAGUAAAAACAUAUAAAUAUCUUAUAAAAGGUAGAUAAGACCUCUUCUUUAUCUCACAUCUC